GCUGUUAUCGGAAAUUAAAAUGGCAACUGGUUCAAUACAAUAGUACGACACGAUAGAGAUAUAAUAGAUGAUUAUAUUUUAUAUUUAUACAAUUUCUAAUAUUUGUGUUCUUUGUAAUUUAUUAUGAUGAAUUAUUAGCAAUGGGAGACCUAUUUGAUAUUGCAAAUUUAAUUACAACUGUUGGUGUUGAUAGAAUAAAAAUUAAACCGGAACCUGGAUUACCAGAAAAAUCUUCAAAUGAAAUAUUAACAGAAUUGUUUAGCACAUUUGAUGCUGAAGAAGAAAUAAUAUCUUUAGAAAAUACUGACCAACAAGUCCCAAAUGCAAGCGUUAAAGUAGAAAAGUCUCUUAAGUCUCAAAUUAAAAAAAAAAAAGCUAAAAAGAAACAUAAACAUAAGGAUAAAAAACAUAAAAAAAGAUCAAAACGAAAUUCAUCUGAGAGUAACAGUGAUCUUGAAAAUAUUAAAAAGAAAAAAAAGCAUAAAAAGAAGACAAAACGGAAACAUGAAGAUGAUUCAAGUAAGUCAUCAGAUUCAGAUGAACCCAAAAAUAAAAUUUCAAAACUUAGUACAUGUAACAAUAUGAAAAAGAAAAAUUAUAAUAAAAAUAAUGGAUCAGAACAACAAAACAUGAAUGAAUCAGAAAAUUUUGAAAAAUUAAUGAUUAAAAAAAAUUCAGAAUUAGAAAAUAUAUUUGAAAAGGAACCUGAUAGUCCCCAAUUACCACCCAUUUCUAAGAAAAUGCAGGAUGAGUCUGAAGAACAAUUAAUAUCUAAAGUUCUUGAAAAACCAAAGCAAGGAUAUCAAGGAAAAAUAUUAAUAAAAGAUCUUAAAAAUAGUAUAGUUUAUAAUGAUACAGUUAGAGAAAUAGAAAUUAAAGAAAAAGAAAAAGCAGCAAGAAUGGAAGAUGGUGAAUUAUCUGACAGUAGUACAGAUAAUAAAACUCCGACAUUAAGUCCUAGUCCAAUUCGAUGUAUCUCUCUUAGAUCAUUGACUUUAAGUCCAACUUUGGAGAAUAUAGAAAAUAGAAUAUUAAGUCCUUUAAAAGGUGAAGUAACAGCAAAAAAUGAUUUAAGAUUAAUUUUGAGAGAAAAAGAAAAAAAAAGAUUAGAAGAUGUGGAUAAAAGAGAAGGAAUAGAAAAAUCAAAAUUAUAUAUGGAUAAUGAAUACAAAGAAAAAACAUAUAAUUAUAAUAAUAAAGUUACAACAAGCAAAAAUAGCAAAUAUAAUCAUAAUUGUCAUUCACAAGAAAGAAAAAGAUCUGAAUCUCAUACAUAUAUGAAUUUACGUAGAAGUAGAAGCAGAGAAAAAGAUAAACGAAGAGAUAAAAGUAAAGACAGAUAUAAUAAAAGUCGAAGUAGCGAUCGACGAGAAUCUUCGAAAUGUAAGGAACGACGAAGAUAUAGAAGCCGCAGUGAUGAUAGAAGCAAGGAUAAGUAUAUACGUGGGCGUAGUAGAAGUAGAGAACGAAAGGAACGAAUAGAAAUUGAUAAAAAAAAAUUAUUGGAAAUAGCGAGAAGAAAUGCAAUAAACAUGAUUAAACAAGGAACAUUACCAUUAGUACAACAAGAUAAAGCUAUUGCUGCAAUACAAGCUGGAGGAAAAACAGUAGAUGAACUCACAGAUUUUUGUAAAUCAUUAUCAAAAUCCGAAGCUUUAGGAGAACUUUCAAGUAUUUCUUCAGAGGAAGAUGGAAGUGAAUCUGAGAAAGGUUUUCAUCAUCCCUUUUUACUUAAAGGACGACCUAAUUCUAUUAUUAUGAAUAUUAAAGAUGCAAAACAAUUACCUACUAAGACAUUCCAAGAAAAAACAGUAGAAUCAUCAAACCAAUUACGUUUACAAUUUCCUGUAUCGAGUGGUCAGCAUCAUAGAAAAAGUGAAAAUGAAUGGAUACCAGUUACUCCAAAGAAAUCAGAAACAAAAAAACAGUUCAUAUCAACUUCUGAAUCAAUCGAAUCUUUUCCUAUAAUACCUUCAACUACUUCUACAGUUCCAGUGCAAUCAAUAGUUUUUUCUCAACCAAUAGCAACAGAGGCAAUAGAUAUUGGUUCAAUAGUAUCUCAAAGAUUAGCAGCAAUGAGAAAAUUAAGAGAAAAUCCAAAUGAUAUAUGUGCUCAAAAUGAAAUGUAUCGAGCACAAAAUGAGAUGAAAACGUGGGCUGAAAGUAAACAAAUGCCAGGUCAAUUUACUGGGAGUACUGGAGCUAAAGUACUUUCACCUGCCGAGCUUACUUCAGGUUAUCAAGCUUGGGCUCGUAAGGAUCAAUUAGUAUCAGCACAACCUGUUUCGGGUGGGAUGGGUAUGGCUUUACUGCAGAAGAUGGGUUGGCGACCAGGGGAGGGUUUGGGAAAAAAUAAAGAAGGUACUCUUGAGCCCUUGCAGCUUGAAGUAAAAUUGGACAAACGAGGCCUUGUUUCAGAACAAGAUAUUGGACAAAAAGUAGGAAAAACAAUAAAACCUCUAGUACCAGCAAUCAAAACUUUAGAAGGAAAACAUCCAGUAUCAUUAUUAGGUGAAUAUUGUUCAAAACGAAAACUUGGUGCACCAGUUUAUGAAUUAUGUUUUGAAUGUGGACCAGAUCAUAGAAAAAAUUUCUUGUUUAAAGUUAAAGUAAAUGGAAUUGAAUAUAAACCAAGUGUUGCAAGCCCUAAUAAAAAACAGGCUAAAGCAGAAGCUGCACAAAUUUGUUUACAAACUUUAGGAUUAUUACCUGAAACUAUAUCUACUACAAAAUAAUAACUUAUCAAAAAAAUACAAAUAUAACUUCUUUAAAAAAAAAAA